GUGCUUUCGACAGAGGUUUAGCAUAGGGAGCUGGGCUUUUUUCUGAGCCUCCUUGUGUUCUUUCGAAUGCAAGCUCAGCGACAAGGGGACGUGAGCCAUCCCGAAGAGGCAACUCCGGAAAAAUAUCUGCAGCACGGAAAAACAACUACCCGUCGACAAAUCUUGAAAAAAAAGAAGAAAAAGCAAAGCAGAUUCUCCGGGGCUCACGUGACCAAAUUGCAUUUGGUGUCGUGACACGACAGCUGUCUUGUUGUGACGGUGACAUCGCAAGACAAUGGCAGCGGCAGCGGGGAGACAAAGAGAGGGAGAGGGUGAGGCGGGGUGCAGAGGAGGGACGAUAAGGGGAGGCUGGAGAAGAGGAAGGGGUGGAAGAAGUGGGCUCACGCCGUCGUCCAAUCUAAAAGACCUUACUGUACCGAACAUUGGAUCCAAUUUACCCGAAUGCUCACGCUGCUGAGCUUCAACCAGGACAGAACGUGUCUGGCAGCUGCCUCGGCGUCUUCGUUCGCCAUCUACAACUGCGACCCGUUCGACAGCUGCUACAGAUGCGCCCAGCACACGGUGACCAUUGCCGAAAUGUUGUUUUCGACGUCUCUAGUCGCCAUCGUGGAUCCGGCGGUUGGCACGUCGUGUCUGCGGAUUAUCAACACGAAGAAGAACUCCACCAUCUGCGAGUUGGCGUUUCCCUCCCGCAUCGUCAGCGUGAAAAUGAACAGGAAGAGAAUCGUAGUUUUCUUGGCCACCCAGGUGCUUAUCUACGACGUGUCGUGCAUGAAGCUACUGCAGAAAAUAGAGCUGUCCCACCCGUGCGUGGAGGCUAACGGCACUCAGCACAUGGCCUGCGACUUGUCCUCCUCGGACUUGUCCGUCCUUGCAUUCCAGCAGUUUGACCCUCUGGCCUCCUCUGCCGGUGCAAACGGAGCGGGCCAUGCGAAUGGUACUGGCAACGGCGGCACGAACAGCAGCCAUGGUGCAGGUGGAGAACCGUACCGUGAUGGUGCAGAGAGCGACAACUUGGGUUCGCAAAGCGGCAAUGCAGUGAUCUUCGAUGCGUUGAAACUGUCUCCGUUGUGCAUUAUCAAUUGCCAUAAGACAGCACUACAAAUUUUGACGCUUUCGGAGAACGGCGUGCUACUUGCGUCUGCCUCGAAAAAGGGUACCAUUAUUCGCAUAUUCAACACGCAAACGGGUAGCAAGCUCUGCGAGUUCAGAAGAGGCUCCUUGCCCGCAUCCAUCUGCUCUUUGUCGUUUAACUCCAACAACACGAUUCUCGCAUGCUCCUCCACCACAGGGACUGUCCACUUUUUCAGCGUGCCCGACAGCGUCGCACAAUUGGGGGUAUCAAAGGACUUUGCUUCGGCGCCCUUAUCGACUCCACCAACAGCGACCAUGGACAGUUCAGUUAUAGACACUCCUUCGACCACCUCAUCCUCACCAUCCUCGCCAAAUAAAACCGUGCCCGUGAUACCGUCCAAUGAACUGCCGAACUCUUCCUCUCUCACCACAGAGGAGACAGAUGAGGUACAGAAGCUCAUGGCAUCCGUGGAUAACCUUGAAAGAGGGGGCAAGCACACUUCGGCCUUGCAAAAGACUAAAAACUUGACAAGCAUGUUGUGGUCUCAGUCUAAACAGUAUCUUCCAGUUCAGAUAAGCUCUAUGCUCGAACCAAAACGAGAUUACGCUUUUAUAAGGCUCCCGGCAACCGGUGAUUCUAUGAUAGGGCUUCUCGAGAACACUUGCUACAUAGCCACCGCCGAUGGAAUGUUUUUACAGUACAAUAUCCCUUCUCCCUCGGUAGCCGACGCCCUAUCCACAACCAACACUAUCACAAAUUCGCCCAUCGAGUGCAAACUCGUCAAACACCACCAGGUACCUUUGUAAAACUGUUCAUGAGCUUCCCCAUAAUCCCCCCAUAAACCCCGCUGUAAUAUUGCUAUGUACCUGCUAUAGAUUGUACCACUUAUACAUAACUUCAACAACUUCAACUCCA